AGCGUGCUGGGGAUCGUGCGGAGCGGGGCAGGCUGCCGCGCAGAGACCGGCCGGGCCGGACCGCAGCGAGCCGAGCCGAGCCGAGCUAAGCUGAGCCGAGCCGAGCCGAGCCGCGCCGGGGCCGCGCCGCCCCGCUCCGCUCGGGCGCACGAUGCGCGGCGCGCCCCGACGGCGCUGCCCGCUGCUGCUGCUCUCGCUGUCGGAAGCUUUUUGGGGAACUGUUGCAAUAGCACUGAAUAAAAGGGAUAGGUUGGAUCACUUGGACUUAAGUACAGGAAGGGAAGAUUUUUACUGGGUCCAAGACGGAUAUCAUUAUUGCAAGAAAUGCCCGGCAGGUACCUAUAUUGCAGAGCACUGUAAAGUGCAAAAUGGCUCCAGCAGCUGCUUGCCGUGUAAAGAAGAUGAAUACACCGAAUACCCAAAUGCCUUUUCCAAGUGUCUUGGCUGUCUGACAUGCAGGGAAGAUCAAGUUCAGCUGAGUCCCUGCAAGGCCACCAAGAACACACAGUGUGCCUGCAAGAACGGCACCUUUUGCUCACCAGACCACCCCUGUGAGAUGUGCCAAAAGUGUCAGGCCAGGUGCCCUGAGGGUGAGGUGGAGAGGGAUCCCUGCACACCACACAGUGACCUCCAGUGUGGUCCUCCCACAGAUGCCUCCCCUGGCUCCCAGAAGAGCAUGAUCGUGAUCUUUGUGGUUGUGUUAUUUACGGCCAUGCUUCUGGCUUUCUGCCUCUGGAAAUGCUGCUGCAAGCACCAUUCACAUGGAGGUGAUGGGCGAGACCUGAGGAGGAAAUCUUCCAGUGUGAUGGACUACAUCAUGUUGCAGCUGAGGAGGUGUGCUUGGAGGGGCCUGGAGACAGAGGACAACAUUCGCAACAAUCAGGUCGUUCAGGAUCAGCAGCAGGAGCUGCUUUCUGCAGCAUUAAACUCAAUUGCUCCCAGUGCUCCAGCGCUGGAGGAGGCAGUGCCAAGAAUCUCGUGUCCUGGUGUGAAUGCAAGGAGGAAACUAGUUCCAGUGCAAGGAGACUCUGUUACCCUUUUGCGACGCUCUUUUGACAUCUUUGCCCGAGAGGUACCCUACAAGGACUGGAAGAGGUAUGGCCGAGCCCUUGAUCUGCUGGAGAAUGACAUUGCUCUCGCAGAGAUGAAUGACAAGUAUUCGCUGGAGCCCUUCUUCCAGAUGCUCAACACUUGGCUGAACAGACAAGGGAUGAAGGCCUCUGUCAACGUGCUGCUGGAGACCCUGGACCGUAUUGAACUUGGAGGGGUUGCAGGGGACAUCGCCUUCCGGCUCGUUCAGCAAGGCUUUUACCAGUAUGAAGAACUAAGCUGAGGAGUAGGACAGGCACGGCAUCUUCCUUCUUCAAGCUAAAGCCAUAAAUAUCUCUGAAUAUUUGACUUUCAUCUUUUCAUAGAUCUGCUAGCUUUAUUCUCAUGAAACUGAGUUCAGCUGAGCCUGGAAGAGUUUGUUCUGUUGUGACAUUACAAGCCUUGUGGCCCUCUGCUGAAGCUACAGGCUCAAUAUCAGAUGCUUGCUUAGGAAAUCGAAGCAGAUUCUUUGAUUUCACUAAGACAAUGCAAUAGACCCUAAAACUGUUCCAAGGAGCCUGUGCAAUUGUUUCUCUUGGAAGCACUGGUACCAGAUGUCCUCAGGAUUACCGUUGAGAGGGUCCUUACAUGAUGUGGGAGUCUACUGUGAUUUUUUUUUUUUUCCUAAUAACUGGACUAUCCUUUUCUCAGGGUUCCUGGCAUCAUGUAAUGGCUUCUGCUUAUAGAACAUCUCUUAAGUUGGCCAGCAAACUUAAUGCUGUAUGUUUGGCACGCAAGCAUUAAUUGGGUUCUUGGGUUACUUUCUGAAAGCUAUCACCAGACUUGCAUUGGUAAUGGUUCCGCUUGCUGUUAGUAGUAAUUCUGAAACUGGAGUUUGAGGGGAGAGCGAGAAUGAUUUGCUUGCUCUGCGAUUCCCUGGAGUUGUCUAGGAAAAGGAUCAGUACGGGGAGAAAGUGAGCUAGUCACCUGAGCACAAACGGGAGCGUGGGCAGCAAACCAGCACGGUGUCAGAAACCUCCCACAGCUCCCGUCUGACCUUGGUCAAGUCGGUUAGUUCCUGUUCCCCUAGCCGUAAAGUGGCUUUGCUGUCACUGUCUCCGGCUGAUGUGGAAGAAUAAAAGCACUGAGCUCCGA